GAAAGAGCAGGAAAUCCAGACAAAAUAUAAAUAAGACACAAUGUUAAUGUGAUAAAACCUGAAGAACACAUUGUACUCAUUUGAUGAGAAGGCAGUAAAAAGAGGAGAGAAAAAGUGUAUAGUUGUCAAUACAUUUACAUUGCCGAAUGUAGGACAACAAGAGAGUGGCCUCCUAAACGAUUUAUUGUUAAAGCGAAGACGGAAGUACUCAAAGGGAAACCUCUUGUAUUUCCCGAAUAGCUUAUCCUCAAUGCAGCCCGGUCGAGUUGGGUCUGUUUAGCUAACUUUGUGUCAUUUAUGGGUCGUUUUUAAAUUUGACCAGAUGUCAAAUACAAUUGUGAAACGUCCCGGAGUUGGGGUUGGGGUGCUGGUAACAGACUCAGCCCGCCCAGACUGUGUUCUCCUGGGAAAACGGAGAAGCGCGAUGGGCAAAGGGAAGUACCAGCUCCCCGGUGGCCACUUGGAGUUUGGAGAGACAUGGGAGGAGUGUGCUCACAGAGAGGUGUUGGAGGAAGCAGGGGUGCGUUUGGUAAACGUCUCAUUUGCCUCCGUGGUGAACUCCAUCAGACUGGAGGAGCAGUACCACUACGUCACCAUUAUUAUGCAAGGAGAGCUGGACAGGAAGCAGUCAGGAGAGCCAGAGAACCUGGAGCCAGAGAAGAAUGAGGGUUGGACGUGGACGCCGUGGGAUACGUUUCCUCCAGAGGAGCAGCUCUUCUUGCCACUAGCUGGUCUGAGACAACAAGGCUUCAAUCCGUUCAGGACAAGAAGCACUGAAACGCAGCUUUAAAACUUCCUGUUGGGACACUUUCCCAAAGGAUAAAACAAGCAUACCUCUUCAAAACUCAACUUGUUGUUUUACUUCAGUAGUUGGUUUACAUGUGCUUUUUCUCAAACCUCAUGUAUUUCUGUUACGGUAUACUGUAAUGUUUGCCAAUAUUAAAAGAUUUAGUAGAAGGAUUUCAUGAUACACAGAUUGUCAGCUGCGCUUUCAUUGAGAUUUUAAGCAAAUGAUGCAACAAACAAAAUUCUAAUUAAAUUGGGCGAAUGGGAUUUUAUUCUUUUAUUAUAACUCUUUAGGGGCCACA